AUGAAUUAUCAAUAAUCACAAGAUGAAAAUGAACAAAGUGAUAUGUAUAAUGAAUCAUAAUUUGAUGAAUAUAAAAAACACUUUGAAAUGGAUUGUUUUGCUCUUGAAGACAAAGUACAAUUUUACAAUUUAAACAUGAAUGAACCUUUAGACAUGAAAUCUCCUUCUGAAACUGUAUAUUUAAUAAUGAAUAUUAGAUAUAAGAGUUCAUAUUCACUGAUGAGAAAUUAGAAGCAUAAGGAAAAGGUUUAUUGAGUACUUCGUUAAAUUAAAAUAAAUUAGUUAAUAUUAAACUUCUUGAUUUAACUAGAUGUAAAUUACAUUAGAUACCUGAAGAUGUGAAGUAUAAUCAAUCAUUAAAGUAGAUAAAUGAUCAAUUUAUAAAAAGUAUAUUUGAGUUAAAAUAUGUUGAUAAACAUACCUCAUUUUUUGGAAUCUUUAAUAUUUUUAGAAGUGUUAGAUUUGUCUUACAAUUAAAUAUAAAAUUACUAAAUACAUUUGAAAUGUUUAAAGCAACUCAAUCUUGCUUGCAAUUAUAUUAAAUAACCUUAUUUAUAUGAAUUAGAUAUACUUUGUAUUUAAAUGAAUCCAAUUACAUAACUGCCUCAACAAUUUCAUAAAGCUCUAAGAAAUAUGAAUCAAUUAGAAUUUGAUUGGUUUAAGUAUUGCAAACCUCCUUUACCUUUCAAACUUAAUUUUAAGAAAUACUCAUGGGUUUAAGAGAAACUAAUUAAUUCACUCUCUAAAUAAGCCUUAAGUUUUUAGGAAUUCAUUAAGUUAUUGAGUCAAAAUGAAUAGAAUUUUAGUAGUACUGAUUAUAAGGAGAGAAAUCUAAUUUGUUAAGCAGGUAUGAAUGAUGAAAUAGGAUUAUUAUAUUGUUUAAAUUAGAUCAUACCUUAGGAUAUCAAUAAAACUGAUUUCGAUAAUAAUACACCAUUGUCAGUUUGCUAUAUAGAAAGCAAAAUGAGGUUAGUUUUCAUUAUAAUAAAGAUCAGUGAGCAUAUUAAAGGCUUUUGGUGGUAGAUUUUCAUUGAAUACCAUUCAUUGUAUGAGUCAAAGAGCUGACGUGUAGAAUUUAAAGUUUCUUUUAGGAAUAAAGGAAAAUAUUCAUUAUUAAUUAAAAGUAUCUAAUAUCUAACAUCCAAUAAACUAUGAAUCUUUAGUAAUGUUAAGAAAUAUAGAUGGCAAUACUCCAUUACAUUAAUUAAUGAUGAAUUUUGAUAAAAAUGAAUUUAGUUCAGAAUUUGCUUUGAUUUUAUUAUUAUUUGGAGCAGAUCCAAAUGUUGAAAAUUAUGAAGGUUAUACUCCUUUAGAGAUGGCAAUUAAAAAAUAAUAAUUUAAAGGACUUAAAUUUGGAAAUGAUUUCAAUAUGUCAAAUAAUGUAGACUAUAUAAAUAAAAGAUUUUUUGAUUUUUCUCAUUAAUCAACUAUUACAGGUAAUGGUUUAUGUCAUACAGCUGCAAUAGUUGGAAAUCUAGAAAUCUUAGAAUUUCUAAUUUCAAUCAAUGCUGAUUAUUUUUCUAUUAGUAAAUCUAAUAGAUUACCUAGAAGUUUGGCUACCUAAAGUUUAGUAUCAUUAAAGAAUAUUCGAAAGUUAGAAAAAAGAUAUAUUUUAACUAAUGUGAUUAGAGAGAAAUCACUUUUAGAAUAAUAAGAAAAGUAUAACUAUACUAAAAUUAAUUAGAAAUGUUUAUUAAAUGAGACAUUAAAUUGAAAAGAAUAUGGUUUAAAGACAUCAUAAUAUGAUAUAAAAAUAUGCAGAUUAAGAGGAAAUUGAAGAUAUCAAUUCAAUGGAAAGCUAUAAUGAUUUUAGUCUUUAAGUUGGAAGCGAAUGUUCAGUUAAAGAGACUGUUGCAGAAUCGACACCUAUAUUUAAAAAAUAAUUAGAUCUUUAAAAAGAAUCAAAUUCUUCUGUGUAAUAGAACAUUUAAUAAUUAUUAUCUUUGGAAUAUUCUGAUCAUUAUCCUGACAUUUUAAAAUUAUUAAGAAGUGGUAAUAUUGACACAGCAAUUAAAAAAUUGGAGAAUAUCUUACAAUAUGAAUUAAUAAGUGUAGCUGAAAGACUCAAAUAUAAAAAUCAAUUAUCUUUAUUAAAGUUAAAAUUUAAAUAAAAAAAUGUUGAAUUGAAAUCAAGAAUUGGUUAGGAUGUGUAAUUAAUCUUAAAUGAAUAUUAAUUUAAAUCAUUAAAAACAGAACUAAGAAGUAAAUUACAUCUAUAUAAUUAGAUAAAUAUUUCAAAUAUGUACAAACAAUAUUAAAUGCAUAAAAUGAAAUUGAAAUCAAUAAAGCAUUAAAUGUAGUCUCCAGAUAAAAAAUUAUAUGUUCAUCUUUCAACUUAAAUAGGGAUUUAUUAGUUUCAGAUCUAUCUCUAAUAUCUGAUCUUAGAACAAAAUUAAGUGCAAAUCUAGUUUAUGACAUAAAUAACUAUGCAACUCAUUUAUUUUCUUCAUAAAAUUAACUUUAUCUAUGGCUCUAGAGUUGUUUUUCAAAAAAAGAAAAAGUCUUAGUCAAUACAAGCUUUUUUAAUCUAUAAAAUUAUGAAUAUCUUUAAUAAAUGAAAUUUAAAAAGAAGAGAGUAAUUAUUGGGAAAAUAGAUGAUUUAAGUAUUGAAAAGGACAUUUCAGAAUUAAGUUCUGUUCCAAUCAACUAAAUAAUCUGUAAUAAUAAUCUGUUUUGUAACAGUAAAAGAAAUUGA